GAGGGCGAGACACUUGGUGCGUACGGAGAAUGGGUUCCGGUCGACAAAACUGCAGAAAAAGCUCCCGCCGGCUCCAGAAAGGCCCUGACCGCUGUUCCCAUAGCAACGGCCGGCUCAUCGUCAGGUGAGACGGCGACGGCGGCGGCGGGGUCGGCAGAGGCUGCCGAACAGCCGGCGUCUGUGCCAGAUAAUGACAGCGUGUUUCCUGACCCGCUGCAGCAGCCAGUAGAUAUCUCUCAGGCUGUAACGGAGAGAAUCAAAGCUCAGAGGCGAUUGGCUGAGAACCCCUAUGAUGUCAGUGCCAUCUGCAUGCUCAGCCGUGCACAAGAGCAGGUGGACGCGUGGGCCCAGUCCAACACAGUUCCCGGCCUGUUUACUGGUUCCACUGGAGCCCAGGUCCUCAGCUCCGAGGAGCUGUCCACCAGCGGACCGCAAGCAUGGCUGAAGAAG